AUGCCCUCCUCGUUAGCAGAUUACCUCGCCAAAAACUACCUAACCGCCGACCCCGCAACCGAACGCCCCAAGAAAAAACGCAAGAAGACCAAGACCGCCGACGCCGCCAACGAAGGCCUCAUCAUCGCCGACGACGACCCUCCCGAUCUCCGCACCCAAGCGUCCACCUUCGGCCAGGACGAUGAAGAUGGCCCCGUCGUGGCAUCCGGCGGGAGCGCAGAGUUCCGUCGUGCGAAGAAAUCCAGCUGGAAAGUGGUCGGUGCGCCCGUCGCGAACGAUGCCGAGAAGGACGCGGCCGACGCGAUCCUAGCUUCUGCGGCGGCGGAGAGUGCUGCGCGGAGGGACGCCGGGGACGACGAGGACGCGCCGGCCGUGGCGGAGGAGGAGAAUGAAGAUGGAGAGGACGCUAUGCGGAUGGAAUCUGGGGCUCGCGCGGGUCUUCAGACGGCGGAGCAGACGGCCGCGAUGGUGGCUGCUCAGGAGCGACGGAAGAAGGCCGAAGCGGCCAAGUACAAGGACAGUCCGCAGGCGGGUCAGGCGCAGGAGACGAUCUAUCGAGACGCGUCGGGACGGAUCAUCAACGUGGCCAUGAAGCGGGCGGAGGCGCGACGGGCAGAAGAGGAGAAGAAGGAGAAGGAGGAGCAGGCGAAGGAGGCGCUUAUGGGCGACGUGCAGAGACAGCAGCGGGCGGAUCGCAAGCAGCAGUUGGAAGACGUGCGGGCGAUGCCGGUGGCGCGUACUAUCGACGAUGAUUCUCUGAACGAUGAUCUCAAGGCUCAGCAGCGGUGGAAUGAUCCCGCGGCUCAGUUCUUGACGAAUACGAAGGGUCCUGGGAAGAGCGCGACAGGUCGGCCGUUAUACCGGGGGGCGGCCCAGCCGAAUCGAUAUGGGAUUCGACCGGGUCAUCGAUGGGAUGGGGUGGAUCGCAGUACUGGGUUCGAGAAGGAAUGGUUUGGCGCGAGGAACCGGAAGGGGAGACUUGAAGCCUUGGAUUACCAAUGGCAAAUGGAUGAAUGA